CGUAUCAAAUCACCUUCAAAAUACCCUAAUAUGUUGUUACAUUGAUAUGUUUCAACACGUUAAUGUAAGCGCUUCCACUUCAAUGUUAUUCGCACUGCGAAACCUACCUCCAUAAAAUAUCAAUCAGCUGUUUCCGAUUAAUCGGCCGCUCACUGUUAUCGCUUGAUGAGUUUCCGUAGGAGAACCUUUCGGUACCUCCCUGAUUUAUACCUAUUUAUUCGUACUUACCGGAAGCUGAGCGUUGACACAAUUAAUCCUAAUGUCGUUCGACUACAGUAUGCUGUUCGCGGCCCCUUAGUUCAGAGAGCCCAUGAAAUUGAGGAAGAGUUGAAAAAGGGUUCGGUGAGAGCAUUCAAUGAUAUUAUCAAGUGCAAUAUUGGAGACUGCCAAGCUGCCGGGCAAAACCCCAUUUCAUUCAUUCGGCACGUGCUUUGUGUGGCAGCAAAUCCAGUAUUGUUCCAGAGCUCAUUCAUUCCUGAUGAUGCAAAAUCUAGAGCUAAAAGGUUUCUUGACAGCUGCGGAGGUAGUGUUGGUGUUUACAGUCAAUCCACAGGUGUGCAGGUAGUUCGCCAAGAUGCGGCACGGUAUAUAGAAAAGCGUGAUGGCAUUCCGGCUAAUGAGCAUGAUAUAUUUCUGUCAACCGGUGCUAGUGAAGCUGUCAAGUAUAUACUGCAGCUUGUGUCCACUGGACGAAGUGGGAAUGAAAGGGCUGGUAUAAUGGUCCCUAUACCUCAGUAUCCACUUUACUCGGCUACCAACGCGGAGUAUAAUGCGCAUCAAAUUGGCUAUUACCUUGACGAGUCUGACGGUUGGAGUUUGAAUGUGGAUCAAAUGGAAAAAGUGUUGGAAGAAAAUCGAGGGAAAUGUGUACCACGUGCGCUGGUCGUGAUCAAUCCAGGUAACCCAACAGGCCAGCUACUCAGUGUUCCCACUAUCAACCGGGUCUUGGAAUUUGCCCAUCGACACAGUCUUGUUGUUCUGGCGGAUGAGGUCUACCAGCAUAACAUCUACACCGACGACCGCCAGUUUGUAUCUUUCAAACGGGCUUUACACGAUAUGGGCGGGAAGAUCGCCAAAGAAGUUCAACUGGCUUCCUUUAUGUCUUGCAGCAAGGGUUACAUGGGCGAAUGCGGGCUGCGCGGAGGCUAUUGUGAGCUGGUCAACUUUGAGCCCGAAGUUCAGGCCCAACUGUACAAAUGCCUAUCUGCCCGCUUAUGCUCGUCGCUUAUGGGACAACUGGCUUUGGAUGUGGUUCUCAAUCCGCCGGAACAAGGCGAACCGUCGUACGUCUCAUUCCGACAAGAAAAGGACUCCGUGCUACAGUCACUUAAACAGAAAGCUCGUCUGGUGUCGAGUGCAUUGAAUUCACUCCCUGACUUCAGUUGCAAUCCGGUCACUGGCGCUAUGUAUGCCUUCCCGCAGUUGAAGCUGCCUGCCAAAGCUAUCAAAGUCGCAGAGGUGUGUUGUCCGUAA